GUUUGCAGUUUGUAAAUGGAUUACCAAGGGAGCAACGUUAGGGAUUUCCUUCAUACUAAUGGACAUGUGGUGCUUGAAAGAGGAGUGAGUAACUAUAAUCUAAGAUCUUUCACUCAAAAAGAGAUAGAAGACAUCACGAGUGGGUAUAGCACCAUGCUGGGAGAAGGGGGAUUUAGUAAGGUUUACAAAGGAAAAUUAGAUGGUCUUUGUCCAGUUGCGGUAAAGAUAUACAAAAAUGGAACCAAGAAAGAAGAGUUUGCCAAAGAGGUGAUAGUGCAUUCCCAGAUAAAUCACAAGAAUGUUGUCAGACUGUUUGGUUGCUGCACGGAGGAAAAUGCUCUUACGAUUGUUAUGGAGCUCGUAUGCAAUGGCAACCUCUACGACAUGCUUCACUGCAGCAGCAAUGCUAAUGGUUUUGUCCCCUUCCCUUUGGACAAACGUUUGGACAUCGCCAUUGAGUCAACUGAAGUAUUAUCAUGCAUGCAUUCAAUGUAUAGCCCAGUUCUUCAUGGUGACAUCAAAACCUCUAAUAUACUGCUAGAUGAAAAUCUCCGGCCAAAGUUAUCUGAUUUUGGGAUAGCAAGAUUGCUUGCUACUGAUGAGACUCAGCACACCAGAUCUAUCAUGGGUAGUAUAGGUUACGUGGACCCUUUGUUCUGUCACAGUGGGAUUCUAACUUCCAAGAGUGAUGUAUACAGUUUCGGAGUCGUUUUGUUGGAAAUCAUCACCCGGAAGAAAGCUUUGGAUGGGAAUAUCAGCCUUGCUCGAAGUUUUGCCGAAGCCCUGAGAAAAGGGAAAAAGGUGAGGCAAAUGUUUGAUGAGGAAAUUGCGAAUGAUAAAAAGAAUAUAAAAUUUCUUGAAAACAUCGCAAGAUUAGCAGCUGAAUGCUUGAAAAUGGAGGCAAAAAUGCGUCCAGAAAUGGUUGAAGUAGCAGACAGACUCAGGACAAUCAGAAAAGAUUACCAUCAUCGCAUUGGCAGAAAUUCUACAUGUAGCAACUCUGGACUUGCUAAAAGUGGAAAGGCAGAGGAUGUGCUUUCCCCUACCCCUAUUACCACUGUUACUAUCAACAACACUAAACAAAUUCCACCAGUGGUGGUACGGACCAUUUCCAUGGAUAAACUAAAGGAAAUAACCAGGAACUUUAGCAAUGAUACUCUAAUAGGAGAGAACUUACACAGUAAAGUUUUUUUCGGAGUGCUCAAAGAUGGACGUAAAUCCGCGAUCAAGAAGAUUAGGCCUGCUAAAGAAAUUAUUCUGGAGGUUCCGGUGGUCUCAAGAUUCAGACAUGAGAACGUUCUCCAACUUCUUGGAAACUGUGUUGAAGGAGACAGCCAUGUUCUUGCUUACGAGUACGCAUCCAAGGGAUCCUUGCACGAUAUUCUUCAUGGUAAAAAUAAUGUUAGGGGAGCCGAACCAGGACCGGUUCUAUCAUGGGCGCAACGUAUGAAGAUUGCCAUGGGUGCUGCGGCUGGGCUUGAGUUCCUCCAUGCAAAGGCAGAACCUUUCGUUAUCCAUGGUCGAAUCAGAUCCAGUAACAUAUUUCUCUUUGACAGCGACAUUGCAAAGAUUGGUUACCCUGGCCUUUCGAGACAGGCCCUGGACUACAUAGACAAUAUUUUUUUGGAUCGUCCCAAUGGUCCUCAAGGAACCAGUUUCGUUUAUGACGCACCUGAGUAUGCAAUGACCGGUCAACUUUCUACAAUGAGCAAUGUCUAUAGCUUUGGGGUUGUGCUGCUGGAACUUUUAACUGGUCGAAAGGCAUUUGAUCAUACACUACCCCGUAACCAACGAUCUCUCGUGACAUGGGCUAAACCAAGACUUAAUAAAGACAAGGUGAAGCAAUGUGUGGAUCUGAGGCUUGGAGGAGAUUACCCUCCCGAGGCUGUCACCGAGAUGGCUGCAAUCGCGGCGCGCUGUACAGAAUACGAGGCGGAUUUCCGGCCAACUAUGAGCACGGUCGUCGAGGCUCUGAGGCCCUUGGCGCUCAGCAGCUCAAGCAAUCUUCCCGGCGCUGCAGAAGCACCUGGAGCGUACAUUCUAGAUGGGAUCCUUGUACUCCACGAGAUCGUCCAUGAAGUCAAGAGCAAGCACCUUCAUGUGGUGUUCUUCAAGAUCGACUUUCAUAAACCGUACGACACUGUCCACUGGUCCUUCCUUCGGGAAGUGCUGCUCAAGCGUGGGUUUGAUCACCACUGGGUAGCUCGGGUGAUGCAGCUGGUGACGAGUGGUCGCACGGCGGUGAAUGUGAAUGGGGAGAUUGGACCCUACUUCCUGACUGGACAGGGAGUUCGGCAAGGCGAUCCGAUUUCCCCAUUUCUCUUCAACCUGGUGGUCGACGCCUUGGCCUCGAUUCUAGAUUUGGCCAAACAGGCUGGUCACAUUAGGGGGAUCUGCCCCCAUCUUGUGUCCAAUGGAGGUCUGACUCACCUCCAGUAUGCCGACAACACCAUUAUGAUGGUCGAAGGGUCGGACGAGGUUAUUCAGAAUCUCAAAUUCCUCCUCCUAUGCUUUUAG